AACCUAAUCGACUUGCAUGUGCAGGGCAUUUGUUUAGGAAUUGUCUCUCUGUGAUUUGAUUCCACCGCUUUGCGCAGCCACCGACGAGUUAAUACAUAACUCUACGACACCACCAUCUUCUCCUCUCCUUUACAUUCUUACAACUACAACCAAUUUACUAAAACCUUCAACCACACACGGACUUCAGACUAAUACCUACGCUUCCACAGCAACAGUCGCUGAUACUGACGUAAACCAACUUAAGGUUCUGUCAGAUAAACAACGAUAAUUCUCCCACCUGAAAGAGAAUCUUAGACCGACCUGCCAUAGACAAUCAUGUCCGGGUCUCAAUCACCUACGUCUACCCCCUCAUCGCCCGCGCGGCCCCUCAUGGAACGGCGCGGGUCAUCCAGAUCUCUAUCACUAGAUUUCUCCAGCUUACCGCCUCUAACCCAACCAACGCCACCUACAAAUACUCUACUUAUCACCAACCUAAACGAUACUGAGAUCUUCCGUCCCGAUAACCUACAAACUCUCCGCGAGCUCAUGCAAACCACAGCACCCAUAUAUACUUGGUCACCGUUAAAAUCCUUCCGCCGCAUAAUAGUAUCAUUCUUCGACGAGCAGUCCGCUAUUAGGAUACGAUCAGUAUGGGACGGCGAGGCGAUCAUGGGUGAGCGGUGCAAAGUCUACUUCGGCCAGCCCACUCCCUUAGAUCUACACGAGAAUGAGCAUUUGAAGCUCCCCGAUGCCGGAAAGCUGUUUUUCAUCAGCCCGCCACCUUCACCGCCUCACGGCUGGGAGAUGAAAUUGGAGGACGCCCCGAAUAAGCUGGUGCACGCCGAUGAUCUCGCGGAAGCCCUAGCGAAACUACGUCACCAAGCCGCUCCCGCAGACGCUUCACCGAUCUCACCAGUCGACGCCGCUAUGACAUUUAAGAGCAGAAGUAGAAGCAGUACUCUAAUCUACCAUCCCGAAGAGCACGGCGGUAGCCCGAAUCUACCCGCUAUAUCCGUCGAUGACAUGACGGACGAUCCCAUGGAGCUGAGCCCCAAGAACGACGAAGGCCCCAUCAAAGCGCAUACGGCGCGGCCUCCUGUCGAGCUGAUGGAAUAGGGUUUCCAUGUCUUCAUGCUUACGGGGGUCAAAGUCUUGUAAAGAAAAGUGCAUAUUUCCGUUUACAACCGGGACCAGUUUGGCGUUACGGCAGGGUUAAUUAUUGGCACGCGAGUCUGGGGUCUGGGUCAAACAUUCCGAGGGAUUCGUUACGGCAUAGCAUUGUCCAUGAGAGCAAUAGAAGCACGCGAGGGAUAGAAUGGAAUGUAUUGGGAAAGGGGGUUUUCGUUACAUAUUGUUGAGAUGCCAGAAACGAAGAGUAGCAUAGGACGAUGAACUAUUCGUAUUGUACAAAAUUCAAUAGAGCUCAGAAG